AUGUGGAUAUUGGAUACGGCUGGAGACUUCCUGGACGGAAAGCGGCUGUGGCUGCGUCCGGGCAAGCAAUAUCUUUUUGGACGGGUCAAGGGAGAUGACGUGCGCCAUGUCAUCCCGAACAAGUCAAUUUCUCGAAAACACAUGCUGAUUGAAAUCUCCAAUGUGGAGCCGCGCGAUGGGACCAGAACACAUGCGCGAACGAAGGUGUCCAUUACAGACCUUGACUCCAGUCGUGGUACUGUAGUCAAUGGUGAAAAGAUUCAAGGAAAGAGGGCGUUGUCUGGGGAUGAGAACAGUAUCUUGCUGGGCAACUAUCCGCAUGCGCUGAGAAUCAAAUGGGAGCCUGUCGUGUUAAGCUUCUCAUUUUCAUCCAAAGAUAUGAGAGCUGAGGAUCCCUUGGCUCAGGCUCGGAACCGUCUCGAAAGCCUCGACAUCAAAACGAUUAUCCCAUACCUGGUCAAACAAACAACACACGUCGUACAAAGCAAACGAAACACAGCCAAGGGGCUCCAGGCUUUGAUCAAUGGCAAAUACAUCGUUCAGCACUCUUAUAUCGACGCCAUUGUUUAUGCCACCACCCCGACUGAUCUUGGGAACGACGCAUCGCCUUCUCCCCUAGAGCUUGACUUUGACUCCGCGUGGCCAGAUCCCACAGAACACCUCCCGCCUGCUGGAAACGAGCCUGUUGGUCGACCAGCUGCAGCAUUUGCACCCGACGCUAGGCGUGUCAAUGUCUUCGAGGGCUACACCUUUAUUUUCGGCGAUGCUUCACAGUUCGAUAACUUACAAGAAGCGAUCAAUAAUGGCCAAGGCAAAGCUCUGUUUUACCAAAUCAAGGAUGGGGAAACGACCGCCCAGGAGCUUGUGCAAUAUAUGCGAUCUGCUGCAGGCCAAAAGGGUAUUGGUUCGGAGCAAGAGGGCCAAGGCGGCGUUGUGUUAGUUCGCUUCCGAUCCAAAGGCAAGUUCGAACCGUGGUCCAUCGAGCUGGGCAAUGAGGUGGCUAUCAUCACGGACCAGAGAGUGAUCGAGCAGCGUGAGUUCCUCGAUGCUAUUUUGAGUAACGAUGCAUCUCCGUUGUGUCGUCCGCUUCCGCGUGCGGACGGGUCGGAUGAAAGCCAGGCAAAUAAAAAAGCGGUGUCAAGAAAUUCCGCGAGGGAGGCUUCCAUGCAAGACACAUCAAGCGUGCCCCCAUCUCAAGAAGAGAGUAACUCGGCCCUGUCGCAACGAAAGACCUCGGGAACACGAAAGUAUGUCAGCAAGAUGAAAGCUUUUGAUGAUGGUUUCGACAUAGAAUCAGUACCUGUCUACACGCCUGUCGAUGAAGAUGUGCCUGCGACUCAGCCCAUGGCCAUGGGAUCAUCUCAAAUUAAUGAAGUGGGUCACGAGAACGGUGACGCAAUGGAGCAGGACGAAGAGGACACAGUGGCGGAGUUGUUACCUGGAGCACGAGCAAUGAAGCGUCGACGCGCCGAGAUGAGUGAAGGCCGGGACGAAAAGAGAAAACAGAGUGAAUUGGCAGAUGCUGUCCCCAAACCCAAACGCGCGAAGCUUGACAUCCGAGAAGCUGCACGCAAACAUCGCGAAGAGGAAGAGCAAGAGCAAAAGCGCCAGGCCGAGGAACAUCUACAAGCCUCUCAGGACAUUGACGUGGAGAAGAUGAGAGACCUCGCAAUCGUCGAGGAAAUGGACAUACCACUUCGCAAACCACCUCAAGGAGACCACCAAACCUCCGAAAGAUGGGACGACAAGUGGAACGGACGGAAAAACUUCAAGCGCUUCAGAAGGAAGGGAGAACCACGGCACGCUCGCCGAAUCCAGAGCGUGAUUGUCCCCUUGGAAGAGGUGACCCGCAAGGACUUUGGUAUCGGAGAACACUACUGGGUCAGCAGCACGAAGUCCACGCAAGUCAGCCAGCCGAGCGAGCAGGACACCCGGCAGACAAGACAGUCGUCUGUGGCCGACGACCAGGAAAUUGAACAGCCUGAAUCAUCGAUCGCGAUCUCGGCAACGCCGGAUCCUACUCCUGGGUCUCAGUCUCUGUCGUCGCGCAAUCGCAGCCAGAAACGACCUCGCGAAAUACGAGACUCUGACAGUGAUGAGGAGCCGAGGUUUUCAUUUCGGAGGAAACGGUAG